AAACACGGGGUCACUUCCGCCAACGUUUUACCAUAAUAUAACACCACAUACAUGACAACGGCUUUACUCCAAUCAUUUAGGUCGAUUAAAUAUAAACACAAGUGUAAAAAGUAAUUCCCUGUAUUGUCAAGACGACAAUAUAUAUUUUAAGAGCUUAACCGAAACACGUUUGGUUACAAAUAAGAAGGAGGCUUUUAUUUUGUCAGUGUGACACCGGAAACAAAUUAAAAGUUUGAGUUCAUCUCCCGCUCUCCGUCAUGUAACCAUAGUAAUGGACAGAAGCGAAUGGGAGCAUAUACUCACCUGUUUUCAGGCAUCUGCACGUAGAUACCUGGUAAGAAAUGAAAUCCGUAGUGCACGAGAGGACUUUGAGGACAUCGUUAAGGAGAUUGAUGGAGGGUUGACCCAUUUACAGUGGAGGGAGACAAUCAUCCCCAUUCCCCACUUCACAGACACUGAGUGCCCAUUCCUACGACACCGCAGCUCUAGCAGAAAAUCUUCAACUCCUGAACUAGAUGUCUGUGUCAGUCCCCAGAGCCUAUCAUUACUGUCAUCGUCUUCAGCACCCUUACCAGAGGAGAAAGGAGAUCAUCAUGUCCUGCUUGAGAAGAUAGAAGCAGAGCGAGAUGAUUCGCAAACCAAAAGACAGGCUUCUCCCUCUGAGGACUGUUCCCUCAGCAGUAAUGUUAGAGAGGAUGGAGAGGGACAGAAAGGAAGCACUGACGGGGAGAAAGAUGGAGACUCCACCACCGUCUGGAGCAGUUUGGAGCUGGACAACAACGAGGGUCAUUCUCACAAAGGUCCCCGACAGUUCAGCUUGGCUCAGGAAGUGCCCCCCACCCAACAGGCCUUGCGUCUCCAUAGAAACACCAUGACCAUGGAGCUGGUCUGGCUCCAACAGGCCAUUGACAGCAGGAAAAAGUACUUGUCACUCAAGGAUGGGCUGAGCGUAUCUUGAAGGCAGAAGUAAUCUGAACUGGACUGAUCGCUGUCAGGAUAUUAUUUUACUCAAAUGCAAAGACACCGGAAAUAAAUUGUCAUCCAUGGAAUUAACUCCUUUUUUGUAGAUCUGUACAUUGUGUAUAUUUUAUUUGCUAUGUUUAAAAAUAAAGAUUAAACUGUAUUUUUCUAAAAAA